UGUCUGUCUCUUUGAGUGACUACAAAGUCAACAAGUCCAGCGUGUCCCCGUGAGGCAGUCUGCCGGACCACCAGCGACCAGGAGCUAGUAUGAAUGCUGCGGUUUGGAGCCUUUUUCACCACCUGCCGCGCUUCAUGGAGUCUGACAGCCGAAGUUUCCAGCCCUGGCGGGACUACAUGGGACUGUCAGAGACCGUCAGAGACAUCCUGGCACAGGACAGCGCGGCUCGGUCGUCCCUCUCAGCCCCCGGAGCCUCGCACCCGGAGCCCGGGGAUCGCCGCAGGGCUCCGGUGUCCAUGCGUCUCCACGCGAUGCGCCACGGCAGCUUUGGGGCGGACUGUGCGCCCGGUCCCCGCGGGGAGGCACCGGGUCCCCGCGGGGAGGCACCGGGUCCCCGCGGUGAGUCUCCCCGUCCAGACCCCUCGGCUCAUCGGAGUCUGACUGAUGUGGUGGAUCCCAAACAAGUGCCAAGGCCUCACCGGGGGUCAAAAGACCGCAAGAGGACGACUCGCCCUAGGACACCCGAGCUUGCGGCGGCUCCUCCACCUUCUCCUCCUCCUCCUCCUGAGCGCAUGUUCUGCAGCUUCUGCAAACACAAUGGAGAGUCCGACGUGGUGUAUGGAUCCCACUGGCUGAAGAACCUGGCCGGGGACGUGAUGUGUCCCUACCUGCGGCAGUACGCGUGUCCUCUCUGCGGAGCCACGGGGGCCAAAGCCCACACCAAGCGCUUCUGUCCCCGGGUGGACAGCGCGUACAGCUCCGUGUACGCCAAGUCCAGACGCUGAAGCCAGCAGGUGGCAGGUAGAGCAACAACCAGCCACUGCGCAGAGGCCACAGUCCUUUUAUGUUUAUGUGUGAUGUAUAUUUUAAUAGCACUAGUCUUGCGUUUUGCUUUUGUGUGUUUUUUAAGGCGUUGAUUUUUAUUUGCAUGCUUUGACACUUUUACACUGAGGUCUUCUGUGACGCUGGCUGGUCUUUCUGUGUGCCCGCUACUUCAAAAAGCGUCUGUUUACAAUUUGGUGGAUCUCGUGAGGUACUUAAUAUCUACAACGACUGCCAGAUAUCAUGUUUGGGAAGAGAAAAAAAAAAAAAAAAAACAUGUUUCUCAGGAAAUGUUUGUUUGUUUUAUAUAUAUUUUAAAACGUGGCCAUUUGAUAUCCAGCAUCACAUUUCCCGUCCAUGCACAAAUAUCCUAACUUUGUCAGAACUACAGUCAUCAUUGCUAAUAAUUUUACUACAGCAUUUACACAUGUGACCAUGUCAGUAUUUAACAUUUUUAAAAUAUGAGUCACUUGUUCUAAGGAGUGCGAGUGAAUACCUGUUCCUGGGGCACCCUGUUUCAUUUUGAUUAUUUAUGUAUGUGUGGCUUUUCUAAAAAAAACUCUUCUGGAUUUGUGAAAUAGUAGCUAAUCUUUGUGUGAAUAUUCUUGUAUACCAGAAGUUAUACAUAUCUAAAGUGAGUAAAUCUAUGUUUGUA